UUUGUAAUUAGAUUCAUAAGACAGCAAUUUUGCCCGUUAGUUCAUUACUUUUGGGUGCCGAAGAAGUACGAUUCAUCGUUGUUUGGUGUUCACAGGAGGACGAUGAGCUCAGAAAAGGAAGACGCCGCCGCGCCACGGCGGCGAUUAUCCUGCACCAAAUACUUCGACGCCCUUUGGUUUUGCUAUUCUCCAGUCCAUCAGUUGCAGCAGUACUAUCGGCUUGGCGCCCUCGACAAUUGCGGCGGAAAAUUUGCUGCUCUUUAUGAUUGUUUAAGUCUCAAAACCAAAAGAGCUUCUGAAAUUGAGGAGAUUUUGGAAACUCGUGAGAAAGCACUUCCUCAUAUAUGGUCUUUUCGGUCCCCAAACGAAGCGAAAUCCCAUUGGCAGGAACUCUUCGGACAUUUGGAUGAGGAGGAAUAAAAGUUUCUACGCUUGCGAAAUUCUUUUAUCUUCUUUAAGGUAGUUUGUCUGCCAUUGGUGUAAGUUCUCAACUAAUUAUUUGAAAAAUAAAAAUAAAAAUAUUUCCCCAAUUGGUCGGGAUGGCAAAUGGUAUACGAUUUCUUGAACUGUCGACCCCGUAUUUUUCUUUCUUCGAGAAUUACCGUUUUAAUUUGUGAAAAAUACAUGACUUGUUAUUGCGACAGAUUAUGCAUUUUUUGUUACUAUAAACUUCAAGUAUUAAUUUAAUUUAUAUGUAUAAAUAAACAUGUAUGGAGACCAUUUAUUUAGUUUA